AAACAUAAAGGAGCAGAGAGAGAGACACACAGCCUACCUCCAUCCUUUUUCUCUCUCUCACUCCAUCCUGUAGCAUCCCAGCAUCAAACAUUCCCUCCGAUCUGACAGUGAAUCACAAACAACAUAAAAGAUUGAACGGGAAAAAACCCAGAAGAGUCUCUGCAGCCCACGACGUCCCGCAGGAACUACAUAACCCAGAAUUCAACUCUGCUCUGACUUGGGUUUUGAGGCUCUAGCUUAAAAACAAACUCUUUGAAUGCUGUUUCAAAGUUCCAGAAAAUAUCCCUGCUAUGCUUUUCUGAGCUACAUGGCUAAAUAUAACCCAGCCGAUUACAAGCGGAAGGAUAUUCCAGACAUCUGAGUGAUUUGGCAUUUCACCAUGACAAGGACUGUGGGGCCUCAAAAACGUCUUUCAUGAAAAACAAAAGUAUGUGAAAGAACACAGUUUGCAAUCACACAUUUGAUCCCCUUUCUUUUUGUCUCCUCUGCUUCAUCCUUGCUGCGGAACCUAGGAGGAUGGAUGUGGCUUACAAAUCUUUGGGUGUGGAAGCCAUUAAACAGUCUAAUUAAAUCAGUAAGUGGUCCACUAGAGAGACCCUCAACUCCCUAUUGGCCCAGUUCCUCAGAAAUAUAAACAAGGCCUCUCCUCUGAUUGGGUACCUGAGGGAACUGGAAAAAAAAGAAAGGGAAAAAGGGUGGACAGUCCGCUCAGGCGCCAUCCGACUGGUAAGGGCGGUGAGGGCCGUGCCGUCGUGGGCCGAGAUUUCGGAGGGGGUCUUGGGAGUGCGAUGCGGAUUGGAGGAUGUCGGGGGACUGGGAUGAAGACAUGUGCAAGAAGGCGCUGGUGCUGGUGGAGGAGCUGUGCUUUCGCUCCGGAGGAUACAGCCAGAGUGCCAGCUGCCAGGAGUUCAGCUACAUGAUGAGAGGACGCAACAGCCAGAUAGACUCAGAGAUCUCCGUCAGUCUUCUGUCCGUUAUUGUGACAUUUUGUGGAAUCGUCCUUCUCUCCGUCUCUCUCUUCGUCUCCUGGAAGCUCUGCUGGUUGCCAUGGCGAGAUAAAGAGGGUGGAGGUCUGAGUCUGACGGCAGGGCUCCUCCCUGGAGGAGCGGGGCUGACCGGGCUUGGAGGGGGUGGACCCUCCUCCCUCCUGCCCCCACUGCUGCAGAGAAAGGACACGCACUCAUCCUCCUCUCUGUAUCCCUCACUCGCUCAGCCUGGCCAGCACCAACCCCACUUCUCUGACCUGAUGGGAGUGGAGGGGGGUGGAGGGCUGGUGGUGGGGGGAGUGGUGGGUGGUCCUCAGGAGACACAAGAACAUUCCUACCUGGACAUGGACUCAUACCCCAACAACGCAGGGACUCUUAAGCUCAGCCAAACCUCUCCAGAAAUGCCAUCGGCGCCAGACGGAGGUUCUGCUGCUAAAGAGAUGGCCAAUGCCCACUCUCAGCAGACCACCACCAGGCCGAAGCCCAUGACUCAUCAGCUCUCCAGUCCAGAUUUCCAUGGCGAGGAGAAGAGUGAGCAGGUGACCAGUAUUGGGCAGAUCAAACCAGAGCUGUACAGACUGCGGCAGGGUGAACAGGGUGAUGGCAAACAGGGCGACACCUGUGGCAAAAUCAGCUUCCUCCUGCGCUAUGCCUUCAACACGGAGCAGCUGGUGGUCAAAAUCUUGAAAGCUCUGGACCUGCCGGCCAAAGACGCCAACGGUUUCUCUGACCCUUACGUCAAAAUCUACCUGCUGCCUGACAGGAAGAAGAAAUUUCAGACCAAGGUCCAUAGGAAGACUCUGAAUCCUGUGUUUAAUGAGACGUUUCAGUUUGGGGUGCCUCUGGCUGAGCUGCACUCUCGGAAGCUUCACUUCUCCAUCUACGACUUCGACCGCUUCUCCAGACACGACCUCAUCGGCCAGGUGGUGGUGGACAACCUGCUGGACUUCAGCGAGGGCACCGGAGACAAACCCAUCUGGAGGGACAUUGUGGAGGGAACAGCGGAGAAAGCUGAUCUGGGGGAGCUGAAUUUCUCACUGUGCUACUUGCCAACAGCUGGCCGACUGACGGUCACUAUCAUCAAGGCCACAAACCUCAAAGCCAUGGACCUGACCGGCUUCUCAGACCCGUAUGUGAAGGCGUCUCUGGUCUGCGAGGGCCGCAGGCUGAAGAAGAGGAAAACUUCCAUUAAGAAGAACACGCUGAACCCCACCUACAACGAAGCUCUGGUCUUCGACAUCCCCAAUGAGAACAUCGAGAGUGUGUCUCUGAUAAUCGCCGUCAUGGACUAUGACUGUAUCGGUCAUAAUGAGGUCAUUGGGAUGUGUCGUGUGGGCAGUGAUGCUGAAGGACCAGGCAGAGAGCACUGGACAGCCAUGCUGGCCAAUCCACGCAAACCCAUCGAGCACUGGCACCAACUGGUGGAGGAGAAAUCCAUCAGCACAUUCUCAAAGAGCGCCACAGCCUCACCCAAACCACACAUCGUGGUGGACAGUCCACACUCUGAGUAGAGAUGUCAGCAUUAUGUUUCUAGCUCCAGACCUUCAUUCUUUCUUCUCAUCUGUGAAUAAAUCUCUCCAUCAAAGAAGGAAGCAGAGAAAGGAAGACACUGACUUAACAUUAACUACAGACCACAGAUAUAGAGAAAACACAGAGUAGAAUAGACCCAACACAGAACACACACAUGCAUACACGUACACGACCCUCAUCGGAGGGCAUGGUUGCUGGUUGCUGGUUGCUAUGUGCUACAGGUAGAGACAUUAAAAAUAUAUAUUGGUUUAUUCAGGGGAAAAUAUGAUGCACAUUCCCAAUCGAAAAAUCUAAAAAGAAAAAGAAAAAAAAAAAAAAAACAACGGAAAACAUAGAAUAUCUUUAUUUAGUUAUUGAAAA